AUGAACAUACCGGUCAGCAGUUGGAUUCAUUUUUUGCAGGCUUUUGCACAGCAGCAGAUUGUUCUGCAGCAGCAGCAUCACCAACAGUACCAGCGAGCCCUACAACAAGCUGCUCAACAGCAGGCUCAGCAGCAACGGCAACUGGAGCAGCAACGCCUUCUGGAGCAACAGCAGCGACAACUCGACUUAAUGCAUCAGGAACGCGCAGCCGCACUUAACAAACAGCAGCAGGAUGAUUUAUUGCGCGAAACAGCCGAAGCACUGGCGCGAGAGCAGGCAGAUGCAGCACGCCAGAAACAUGAGCAGCGCGUGCGAAUGGCGCACAUGAAGGAGCAGUAUGAGCGGCAGCAACAAGAAAAAAUACUUGCCGAGCAGCAAAGAGAGGAGGAACAAAAGAAACUUCGAGAACUAGAACAAGUUCGAGAGGAACAAAUCCGGAAACAACGCGAAGCGAACGAAGCCUUUAAUGUGAUGAAAGAAAAGGCCGACAUGGCUAAUCACUCGCAAUGGCCCGCAUUUGUGCCGCAGCAAACCAAUCUGUCCGUUCUAGCCGCCACACCUUCACCUGUUGAAACAGUCCAGAGCGAACCUCUUACGCAGGCAAUGCAAGGAAUGAGCACGACGGAUGUCGCUGAUAUGAAAACGACGGUGGAGCAGCAGCUGACAAAGUAA